AAACUGAAUUGCUCAAACGUACACUGCCACUGAGACACGUUGACGGUACGGGUACAUUUUGCUUGCUAAAGAGAAGACAAUAUUGAAUUAGUAUACAUAAUUUUGUCAAAGUGAUCACAAGCGGAUUCAUACUUUCAGGAUAUUAUAUAAUGGAAUACUAAUGUGCAAGACAUUUCAAUGGAAACAGUUGUCAAGGUAUUCUGAGAUGAAGCGAUAUACUCAAUACUGCUUCUUAUUUCUCUCUGCAAUUAUUGGAAUCAUUGGGUACGAGUGGUUCUGGGGAAACCAAGAAUUUAGGAUACUGGAUCGUCUAAGAGAAAUCAAACCUCGGCCUAAUGGAACGAUGGCAAUCUCUAACCAGUUCAAUACGUGGUCUGUAGGAAAUGAAACCUUGCGACACCACCCUUUAUGUCCCAAUCAAAAAAGGAGACAUUUUCCCCAUUUCUCUUAUCCCCCAGCUACGCCCAGGCAAUGGGUUACAUCAAUGGAUACGACCAAUGCUUCCUUCUCCCGAUUCACCAUAGUCAAUCCCAAGGAAAUAUACGCAGUAUGCGACCAACUUGAACUGUUGAUAGAGGCCCGGAACGGUUACAACGAGUCAAAGACUUACGGUGGAGAUUUGUUCCGUGCCAAGAUCUUCACCCAAAACAGUUCAUUCACCGCAAGCUCUGGGUCAGAUGGUGAGGUCAUUGACCUUGGGAAUGGAAAGUACAGUGCCUUCUUUACUCUUAAGUGGUCCGGGAAUGUCCGCAUCAAUGUCACGUUGGCUUUACCCAGCGAAGCAGUGUUCGAACUACAAAACCUGAGGGACACACUUCAGCCUCGCGAGACCUACCUCGGUAAAUUCAGCAAGGGGCUAGGCGGGAAGCAUAUUGAGGAGAACGUUGAAUGCGGCCAUGUUCCUGUUGACCAUUCGAUUUCCAAGUGUAACUUAUCUGAUCCUAGUGUGGGAUUAACAUGGUUCUGUCAGCGACCUAAAUCGGAUAUGCUUUCUUGCGAAGAUUGGACCCAGUUUAAAGUACAGGAAUGGCGGUUCAACAAAAAGAUAGAGGACCAAGGAUUUAGCAAGAGGACGUCUGUCGUGCUUCGACUUUUUGCUCCCAUCACGGGUCUCCCUAGCCACGUGACGGUGACCAGCCAAUCGGAUACUUUGCUUAAAGAACGAAUUGCGCGUCUACCAUCAUGUGGCCAGCAGCGUGACCGCUUUCAAGACAUACCGUGGGUGGCGGGAUUUUAUCAGAAUCGUCGAUGGUUCCCUCCACUUUGCAGAGUCAGUCCGAUCUUCCUGGACAAAGAUUGGUGCGUUAAGUGUAUGACUGGAAAACAUUUCUACUUCUUUGGCGAUUCGACAAUCAGACAGGUAUAUACUAAAAUGACUCAUUUUUUAGUCGGAUCUCACAGAGAAGGCCAUUGGGUUGACAGGGAUGAAACCCACAUUGCUCAACACGACAUACACUUAGUUUACAAUUUUCAUCAUAUUCCAAUUCGAAACUUUCAAUGGCAUAAAUUGGAAAGGCUUCAAUUCGUCACCAAAGAACUUGAUAGCAUAAGGUCGAACGAGAAGGCCAUUGUUGUCAUCUGUCUUUGGUCCCACUUCCAACCGCUGUACAAAUCCUUUUAUGAGCAGCGGAUAACGGCCAUCGCCAAAGCUGCAAGGAGGCUACUCAACAGAAACCCACAGGCAAUUGUCAUUUUUAAAGGUGGAAAUACCCAGAAUAAUUACGGUGCUAGAACACAGUACUUAAAUGAUCACUACGCACGAGACAACGAAGAAGCUCUGAGACGUAUCCUCAAAUCUUAUCCAGAGUUUCAUUUUCUUGAUGCAUGGGAUAUGAGCAAGGGACAACUUGCCCUUGCCAAUACACAUCCUCCGGAACCUCACCUUUCGAACUUGGCCAACCAAAUACUGACAAUCGCUUGCCCGGAUUAAAUGUGUCAACUAAACCACAAUCAAAUAGCUUCUCCUUGAAAAUACCACAUUUUGUCUAUAUUGAGUCAUUUAGCAAAAUGAAUUGGCAGGAAUUAAUUUUCCUAUAUAUUACCGAAAUGUCUAAACAUGUUUUACCUCGUCACAUCAUCGAUGAGUGAUAACGUAUAACUAUAGAGAGAAGAAUCGUUGCUCUUUUGAGUCACGGGAAUUACGGAAAUAAUUAUAGCAUUUAUAUUGUAUUAUUGUAUCAUAUUUAAUGGAUAUGAAUAAAGUGGAUUUGAAUUUGAUUUCUUAAACUGAUGAUAAAAUUUGAUUCUAUAAUGGGUAUUGUGAAAUAUUAAACUGUGGCAUCGUCACCUGUCAUGUUUCGAUAUAUGUAUUGUGCAUUGAUCUGAAAUAAAAAUACGCUGUAAAAACUGUGGUGUUAAAACUGACAC